ACUCCUUCGAUUGAUGCUCUCAGGCUUCCGUCGAGUCACUCAAUUAAAUCUACAAAAACGAUUGUUUAGAAUGUCAGAGAGUGCAAACUUACACAAAGAUGAAUUAACGGGCGAAAUGAUCUCCAAGACAGAAUUAAAGAGGAGACUCAAACUUAGAGAGAAUGAAGCAAAAAAGGCUUCAAAACCUAAGCCAGUCGAAUCAAAGAAGAAGGAAGACGAGGUUGAGUUAACCCCUAACCAAUACUAUGAGAUCCGUUCAAGGGCUAUUCAAAAACUUAGAGAGACUAAAGACCCUGAUCCAUACCCACACAAGUUCCACGUUGAACUUUCUCUCAAUGGUUUCAUCAACAAGUUUGAUUCUAACUUGCAAAACGGUGAUUCACGUAAGGAAGAAGUCGUCACCGUCGCCGGUAGAUUGCACAACAUCAGAGCAAGCUCCUCUAAAUUGAUCUUCUACGACCUUCACGGUGAUGGUACAAAGGUUCAGAUCAUGGCAAACGCCGCUGAACACGACGGUGAAGAUUUUACUAAAUCUCACGAAAUCCUCGCUAGAGGUGAUAUAGUCGGUGUUAAAGGUUACCCUGCUCGUACUAAGAAGGGUGAACUCUCUAUCGUACCAAAGCAAAUUCAACUUCUCACUCCAAACCUUCACCAACUUCCUAAAGAACACUAUGGUUUCAAAGAUCAAGAACAACGUUACAGAAAGCGUUACUUGGACCUUAUUCUUAACAGAAACGUUAGAGACAUUUUCGUCACACGCGCUAAAAUUAUCAACUACUUGCGUAAAUUCUUAGACAAUCUCGGUUUCUUAGAAGUUGAAACUCCAAUGAUGAACAUGAUCGCAGGUGGUGCAACUGCUAAGCCAUUCGUCACGCACCACAAUGAGCUCAAGUUGGACUUAUUCAUGAGAAUCGCACCUGAACUCUACCUCAAAGAGUUAGUCGUCGGUGGUUUAGACAGAGUAUACGAAAUCGGUCGUGUUUUCAGAAAUGAAGGUAUUGAUUUAACUCACAACCCUGAAUUCUCUAUCUGUGAAUUCUAUAUGGCAUAUGCUGAUAUGUACGACUUGAUGGACCUCACUGAGUCACUCUUCUCUGGUCUCGUCAAGCACGUUACCGGUGGUUACAAGAUUCAAUACCACCCAGACGGUAAAGGUGAAGGUAAGAAGUCAUACGAGUUGGACUUCACCACACCAUGGAAGAGAUUCAACAUGAUUGAAGAAUUAGAAAAUCAACUCAAGGUUAAAUUCCCAGAAGAUUUGGAAACUGAGGAAGCUAACAAGUUCCUCUCUGAUCUCUGUGCUAAGAACAACGUUGAUUGCUCUGCACCACGUACUACUGCAAGAUUACUUGACAAGUUGGUUGGUGAAUUCAUUGAAUCACAGUGCAUUAACCCAUCAUUCAUUAUCGGUCAUCCAAAGAUCAUGUCUCCAUUAGCAAAGCGUGACAGAAAGCAACAAUCAUUGACAGAAAGAUUUGAAGUUUUCGUUGCAACAAAGGAAAUUGCUAAUGCUUACACUGAACAAAACGAUCCAUUCAACCAAAUGGAAUCAUUCAAAGAGCAAAUGAAGCAAAAGGCUGCAGGUGAUGAUGAAGCCCAAGACAUUGAUGAGACAUUCAUCAACGCUCUUGAGCACGGUUUACCGCCAACAGGUGGUUGGGGAUGUGGUAUUGACAGAUUAGUCAUGAUGUUGACUGAUUCUUCAAACAUUAAGGAAGUAUUGCUCUUCCCUGCUAACAAGCCACUCCCUGGUACAAAUGCGGCAGCGAACGUCGAGAAAGCAGAUGAGCAACCAAAGCCAUUGGCUUAAAAAGAUUUCUUUAUUUAAAUUGUAGAUAAAGUAUAUAUAUAGAUAUAUAUAUAUGUUAUUAUUAUUAUUAUUAUUAUUAUAUAACGAUCUAGGUAAUUGACAACCAUCAAUGUCAUCAGCAGAUCUAGGAGAAGACAGUAAACUAACGACGAAAUUAUCUAGUUGGGUUAAUAACUCAAUCAGACGACAUUCAACUAUCGAUAGAACGCUCCAUUAUUUCUUAGAUUACCCUGGCUAUCAAGGUACUUCAAUUGACGACGUGAGCUGGAUUUUAGGUAACUUAUACGAUAACAAUAGCGAUUUAUUGGAUGAUUUUCAAUCUAGAAUUUGGUGUACAUAUAGAUCCAACUUCUGUCAAAUAUCUUUAAAUGAUCCUAUGAUGGACGAUUUAGGUUUAGCUAAAAUGCAGACAUUAUCUUCUAAACCUUCACAUUGGUUAUUAAGAGAACGCACUUUCAAUACAGAUCAAGGUUGGGGUUGCAUGCUUAGAACUUCACAAUCACUCCUAGCCAACACACUCCAGAUAAUGUUGUUAGGUAGACAAUGGAGGAGGAAUCCAUUCGUUGAUUUGACAGAUUACGCUAAACGUAAGGAAUACGUUAAUCUAAUCAAGCUACUCAACCUCUUCAUGGAUAACCCUUCAACCCUAUCUCCAUUCUCUGUGCAUCGUAUGGCUGUCGUUGGUAAAAGUCUAGGAAAGGAAGUAGGAGAGUGGUUUGGUCCAUCAACAGCUGCACUCGCUAUUAAACACCUCGUUAACAACCAAACAGAUAUUAAUUUAUCAGUUAGCGUUGCUUCUGAUUCUGUUAUUUAUAAAUCAGAUGUCUAUCAAGCAUCAGGUGGUACUAGUACAACCGCUGAUUCAGAAUGGGGUAACAAACCAGUACUAAUAUUAGUCGGUGUAAGACUUGGAUUAGAUGGUAUACAUCCACGCUAUUACGAAACCCUCAAAGCAUUCUUAAGAAUGCAAUCGUGUGUCGGUAUAGCAGGAGGCAGGCCGAGCAGCAGCUAUUAUUUCUUCGGAUAUCAAUCAGAUUCGCUUUUCUACGUUGAUCCACAUAUAAUGAAACCAACAAUAAAUAUUAAAACGCCGCCGACAGAGGGUGAACUCAAGACUGAAAUUGAGAAUCUAUUAAGGUGUAAUAGUUUAUCAUCUUCUUCAACUACAACAACAACUUCUAAUGAAGGUAACAACAACGGUACACCAAUAAAGCAAUCAAAACAUGGGCAUAGACGACGUAAAACUAGCACAAUUUUGAAUAAUGUUACAAGUAAAAAUAGAAGACGGUCGUCUAGUUCAGCUACCUUAAAUCAAAUUAGUCCAGAUGUUAGUUCACCUUCCAGUUCAAUCGAUGAAAGCCAAUCAAUACAAUCAUCUUGGAUGAAACCAAACCAUUAUCCUAGUUCAUCAUCACAUUCUAUACCUCAAACUAUACCUGAAUCUAACUCAUUUAUUAAGGAUAUACCAACGGUGGAUGAAUUAAAUGAUAAAUGGUACAUAGAUAAUUAUAACUCAGCAUCAAUUUCAACUUACUUUUGUGAUAAACCGCGUAAAAUGAACAUAAGUCAAAUGGAUCCUUCUAUGUUAAUAGGAUUUUUGGUUAAAGAUGAAAAUGAAUUCUUUGAAUUUGUUAAUCAAAUCAAAGAAUUACCACAACAAGUAUUUUCUGUCGCGGAUUCGCAUAGGUCGUAUGAAGAAGAUGAUAGUGAUAAUGAUAUGCAAAGUUUAAGUAGUAGUAGUAGUAAUAAUAAUAGUAGUAAUAGUAUCAAUAAUAAUAAUAACGACGAAUGGGUCGAAACAACAAGAAAAGAUAGUCAAGACACGAUUGAGGAUGAAGCUAUUCAAGUAGAUAAAUUGAAUCUCACAGAUGAAGAAGAUGAAAUGACGAGUCUAGAGGACUGCCUAAUCGAUGAACGAUAAAUACCAAUAGUAAAAUAAAACAAAUUACGCUACAAUUUAUACCCCGUCAGAGAAAUCAAACUUUUACGAAUUUUUUACUCUUGUUGUACAACUUUAUGGAAAUCAG